UACAGGAAUGGUUUAUGCAUAACGCAUGGAAUAUCGAUCGUCGAUUUUUAUUUUUUAUUUUUCUCUAGUCCACGGAAUGGGGGUGCGGUAAUUGAAAGCUGGUUUUGAUUUGUUUGGUUCGUCCAGCUACUUAUACUAUAAUAUAAGUCAAAUUCAAAUUUCAAAAAUUAAUAUGAAUGAUUAAUACACGUUAGGUAUAUAUAAUAUUAUUCAAAGGAGUUUCAAUACAUAUUUACAUGUUCAACAAAUCGACAAGUUGUUACAACAUAAUUCGAUUAUCGAUCAAUCAAUGAAUAUCAAUGAUUUCCGCACAGCGUGUUAUACAAAUACAGGCCGAGAUUUCUACGUGGAACCGAAGUAGAUGAAUUUUCAUCUAUGUAUUUUCAUUUUUUUUUACCAGUGCGCGUUCAGGAUCGUAGUUGUAAGUUGUGACUUGCGAGUGGAUUAAGUUUGUACAACUGUAUGUCAACGUGCAGGGAAUAUCGUUCCACAGCAUCUAGCCGACACUGCUGCUAAUUUUGGUUGUCAAGGAGGUGUAUUACCAAGCCUCCGAAUAAAUCAAUAAUAAUAAUUCACAUAGUUUUCAAAUGAACCAAUGAGCGUAGGUUAUGCAUGUACGGUCCUAGCUGGGACACUACAAUAGGGUUUGGUAAAACGCUUCCGGGUUCUGAAAGCUCAUCCCGCGACUACUGUAGUUAGUUACUACAUUCAAGCGACGUAGGCUCAUUCCACCACUAGUUGCUGUAGCAGUGCAGCUGUGUGUUUGUUUGUUAUCAAUAAUAACUUAUUGUUGUUAUUAUUUCGUAUCGAGCGACGCUCACAGUUGGCUGUGCAAUUAUAUAUCUUAUAUUAUUAUAAUUAUAUUAUAACUACGUAGUCCGUACAGUGAAUCUCUUUUGGAAUAUAAAAUAUUAUCUUUCUUUGGCCGAUAUGGAACCGUCCGAAAGCCCAGAUUCGAAAGACGUGACAACUAUUAGUCACGGAACAGGUGCUUCGGAAAUCGCGAACCACGUCGAAAGCAGCCCGACGAUACUUAGCUACGGUCAAGCAAGUACUUCGGGAAACGAUCAGGUGAUGGCUGCCCAACCACGACAGGGCGACGUCAAUGAGCAACAAUUACAGUCCGGCGACGUCGACGAGCAGCCCGGGAGCGAUGCUGCCAUGAAUCCCUGCUCAAGCUUGCAAGCACUGCCAAAUCAAAUCGCAAAUGUACCAAAUUACAACAUGAACCAGCAACAUGAACAGUUGUUGAACAAUGAUUUCAAUCCACAGCUACCGAUGAAUGAACACCAACAAAAUGGCCUAUAUGAUCAACCGCCCCAGAUAAGGCCACGUCGUCCACCGCUGAACUCUAGAAGGGGAACGUAUCCCGCUCCAAUCCGACAAAAAAUUCCACAUUUCCACUUUAGCUUUGGAAACCAAUACUGGACGUUCAAUGAUUUUAGUCAACGAGUACCAAUGGCAGAUCGUCCACGGCCACCGUUGAGAUAUCGCCUACGGCAACCGGCAAAUGUAUGCCAUCGGCUACUGAUGAACGAACGCCAACCGACGAAUGAACCACAACGGAAUGGUGAGCAAAAUCAACCACCCCAGGCAAGUCCAAAUCCUCCGCCAUUAAUAUCUAGAAGAGAGGUUGAGCCUGGGAUUUUCGAGGAAAUUUACUCACAUAGAAGAUAUCGAAUGGACAGGCCCAAAAUGUUCGGUGUCAAUAGAUGUGCAUGUCGAAAUUAUGUCAAUUACAAUCAUGGGAAUAGUGAUAUGAUAACAGUGAUUAUGAAUACUCCAAAUUUAUCUAUGCGAUAUAGUAUGACUAUGAGCCGUGGAGCGCGAUUUGGAGACCUGUUUAAAGCUUAUUUUGGCCUUACACGAGAAACUGCUAGUACAGUCUUUGUCGCAUGUGGCCGAAGGUUACGUCGAGGAGAUACUCCAAGAGGUAUCGGAAUGAACAACCGUGAGAACAUAUAUACUUUCGUGAAUUCUAGGGGAUAUUGUGUUUUAAAGAAAAUCAGAGAUAGUUCAAAAUAAUAUCUCCAUGUCAUAUUAGUUUUACAAAUUACAUUAUACAAAACAUAUAAAUAUAAUUGCCUGAUAAAUAAACCUCAAAUGCUCAAACCGACAUCACUCAAAUUUUUUUUUUAUUAUUAUUAUCACCAAGUCCAUGGUUUAUAAAAAUAAAAUAUGAUAGCAUUAAAUUAUUUGUUCAUUAUUCAGUCCCGAAUCAUAGAGCUCUUAUAAAAUAUUUACUCAAAAUUUUCCUUCAAUUUUCAUGUCAAUUACAUAAUAAAUAAAUCAUAAAAUAAAAUUUAGGCUUAUUUUAAAAUGUAGGUAUAUGUUAAGUUUUUUUGCGAUAAGUCAGGUCUUAAAAUUCUGUAUUUCUUAUAUAUAAUUUCUUAAACUGUAAAUAUUUGUAUAAAUUAUUA